GUGGCUCUGUGCGCCGCGAUGUUCCGCAAGAUUCGGCGAGUGAACGUGCGUAAGCGCAAUGAUUCAGAGGAAGAAGAGCGAGAGACCGGGACUUCAUUCACGGCGCCCGCCGAACAUUCCGAGCCGAUGGUUUCGGCAGCUGAGCGCCCGGUUUCUAUUCCGCUGCUCGGGCCGGAUACUGGGCCUCCCCGGGGCAGGAAGGAGGGGAACUCGCUAGUGAGUAAGGGGGGCAGCCUCCUGAGCUUCCAGGACGAUGUUGACGAUGAAGAAAUCUUUACAGUGAAAAAAUCCAACUACAGCAAAAAAAUUGUGAAGCUGCUAAAGAAGGAGUAUAAAGAUGAUCUGGACAAGACCAAGCCAAAACCAAUAGUCGCCAACAGUUCAGCAGAUGGUGAUGGCUUUAUGAACAGAUCCCUGCUUCCUAAGGAUGGGAUUCAAGAGAACAUCAUUGUUGGCAGCGAUUUAGGGGAGGAGGAGAUGGAAGUUGAAAGUGAAAAAGAAGAGGAGAAACCCAAAGCUGGCUCAUUUACAAAUGCAGUGUCUUCUCUAAAUGUCUUACGCCCAGGAGAGAUACCAGAUGCUGCGUUCAUCCAUGCAGCGCGGAAAAAGAGACAGAUGGCUCGGGAACUUGGAGACGCCCCGUCUGUAGAUGGAGAGGGGGGUGGUAAAAGCCGAUUGGUGCGUGAAGAUGAAAAUGACGCAAGUGAUGAUGAAGACGACGAUAAGAGGCGAAUAGUCUUUUCUGUUCGAGAGAAAUGUUUACACUAGGCCUGAUAAAGGGCCCAGGGUGCUCCGAAAAGUUGCCCCCUCCUUUUUUUUCUUCUUUUUUUUAUUUUUUUUUUAAAUCGAAAACACUUUUUCACGAAUUGCAGUUUUACUAUUUCCAAUUGCAUUGCCGUAUGUCAUAAUUCAGUCUAUAAAGGUUUCUCUCAAAUCAUGUUUGUAUUUAAUAAGGAAGUGACUAGCACUAGAAACGCAUUAAGCCGUUCUCUUUCCUGACAGAUUUAUUUGUUUGCAUCCCAGCAAUGGUUUUAUCCAGAAAUCUUCAAUAAAACUUGAUUUUUAUUUAUA